AUGUCAUCAGGGUGUGAGGGCGGGUGGCCAGGUUACCCCUACUGCGCGUACCCUCCACCUCCGCCGCCACAGUGGCCGGCUCAUCCCCAUCAUCACCACCAUCACUACCACCACCACACGCCUGACUUCUGCGGGCCCCAGAGCGCGCCGCCGCCCCCUCCUCCUCUCGUCACCUACGCCGACGGGAGUGUUUUGCCGCCAUGUCCCCCACACUAUUGGGACGGCGACGAACUGAUCGACUCUUAUGGUCGCGUCGUGCGUCGCAAGACCUCAGCUAACAAGAAGGAGCGGCGAAGAACGCAGAGCAUCAACAACGCCUUCGCCGAGCUAAGGGAGUGCAUCCCUAACGUGCCCUCCGACACCAAACUCUCCAAGAUCAAGACCCUGCGCCUCGCCACCUCUUACAUCGCCUACCUCAUGGAGGUCCUUCAUGCUGAGGACGCCCAGCCCGCCCCGCCGCUCGAGCCUUUCCGUGCCGACCUGCCGCCCAGACCCAGGGCAAACCCCGCCGCCCACCACGACAAGGACGACAGCGACAUGGACACAGAACCCACUACCCCGGGGGCAGAAGGUGUGGUUGCCGCUACCUCCACCACCUCACCCUCAUCCUCCACCUCUGCCUCCGUCGGCUCCACCACCGAGGGAAGCACGCUGGAGAAGCGCCGAGGGAGGACAGGCUGGCCAGAGACUGUGUGGGCACAGGAGCUGAAGCACUGACCUAUCGCACCUGCAGCACUGACCUACCACAGCUGCAGCACUGACUUAACACAGCUGCAACACUGAAUUACUACACCUGCAGCUCUGACCUACCACAGCUGCACCUUUGACCUAUAACAGUUGCAACACUGACUUACCACAGCUGCAACACUGACUUACCACAGCUGCAUCACUGACUUACCACAGCUGCAUCACUGACUUACCACAGCUGCAUCACUGACUUACCACAGCUGCAGCACUGACUUACCAAAGCUGCAACACUGUUUUAACACAGCUGCAGCACAGACUUACCACAGCUGCAACACUGACUUAUCACAGCUGCAGCUCUUACCUACCACAGCUGCAUCACUGACCCAC